CCUCCAGCUUCCUCUCUGCUUUUUAAAGCCACUCUCAGCCCACUCAUCGCUGACUAACGGCAGAAAUGGACUCCGUUUAGAGCCAGAGAGGACAUGAAAGAUGUCGCGCUGCGAGGUGAUAUAGGCGACUUAUUAAAACAGCAGGAAAGGCCCUUGGACUUGAGCCAAAUAGGAUCUCACCCUGUCGCGCACUGACCGGAUUUGCAGAAAGUCGGAUUCAUUUGUUGGGAUGCGUAUCUCCUUUAGUCUCCGUGUCUGGUGAACGAUUUUUUUGAAGUUGCAUGCUUUGGCUGAAUACCGGACACGUAAGUGAGAUAUUCUGUGCGAAACUGCGGUUGGGUUGAAUAUGGAGAUGCAGGGCCGCUUAGUGGACUCCACAUUUCUAGAUUUUGUAGGCGACAUGAACCUGGUGGAGUAUUCUUUAGGACCAAAGCAACAGGUGGAUAAUACCCCUUCCACUCCAGACAACCAGACGCGGCUAGACGAGCCUUCGUGGAGCAUAGGCCUGGCGGACGAUGUGAGCACUGCGCAACUCUGCUCCGAGCACCUGACGAUGGGCUCGCCGAGGUACUGCCGUGGGACGCACGGCCACACCAAGUCCAAACGGAGGAGAAUCAUCACCGUGGUCCAGAGGCAGGCAGCCAACGUGCGGGAACGAAAGCGGAUGUUUAGCCUCAAUGAGGCGUUUGAUGAACUCAGGGGAAAAGUUCCCACAUUCGCCUACGAAAAGAGACUGUCCCGUAUCGACACACUGCGUCUGGCCAUCGUCUACAUCUCCUUCAUGACGGACCUGCUGGAGAACACUUGAGACAGAAAAGACCAAUAGAAAAUCUAUUCAACGGAGACUGAGUCAGGCUGGGUGUACCACAGAUUUCAGAAACGAAGGGGACUUAAAUGAAUGGUGAACUGUUCAAGGAUUACUAUUGGUAUUUAUCUUUAUUCUAAGAAACAUUAACCGAUUUUAAAAGCCUAACUUUUUUUUUUUUUUUUUUUUUUGAAAGGUUACAUCCAUGGCACCAUGUUAAUAUUAAUAUAUCUAUUUGACAUAACACAGCAAAAGAUAUAGGCUAACCUCCAAAUAGUUCAUUUAAUAGUCUACAUGUGGCCAACUGCUUAAAAAUAAACUUAUAUAGCAAGUUAAUGUGUUUUAUGACCUAAAUGCGCUAAUUUUGUAAUAUUAGAUUGAUGCAGCAAACACUAUUUAUCGGUAAAUACUUUAAUGUGUUGCAUUUAAUAGAAGAUAUUAGAAAGAAUGAUAACAAAUUUACCGAAGAUAUGAUGCAACUCUAGAGCGCUAAAGUGAUUUUCAGCACCUUGGAGAGCUACGCAGUCUUUCGUCUCACCUGUGCAUCCUGCGUAGACUGAACAGGUGUCGUUGAGGCAGAAAAUGAAAAGAAAACGAGGAGGAUUUACUGGCCUUUGAAGGCGUUAUCAACCUUUUCGCGAAACAGAUUUGAAUCGCAAAUCCGAAGCUCACUGCAUGAAGCGAGAGAUAGUCUUUGGCACUGAGGUGUAAAUUACGUCAGAGAUAUGAUGGAGGUGAUAGGUAAACGGAAUGGCAAACGCGCAGACAUGUUCUCCCUGUCCUGGACUGAAGGAAGAAAAACCGGGAUAGUUGUUGACUGAAAUGCGCGUGUGCCGUGGGACUAGACCGGACAUGCUGGUCCUUCCUUCUUGCGUGUCUCUUAGUGGGCAAUUCACACCACAGACCACCUCCAAAGGUGUUUCUGCCGGACUGUGAUAUUACAACUGUAUGGGCUCCACGGCUGGGUGGCCAUGUGUGGGCACUCAAGCUCGUUUCGUGUGAGCGUUUCCUUCUCUCCUCAGUCCAUCUUCAUCACCUCCAGUAUUUGCAUUGCGCUCCAGUCGUACACCGCCUUCAGCGGCCCCGCUGUGAGCACGGAUCCGCCCUGAGAACUCCCUGGGACGGGCCGUCUUUUAAACCUGAGCCGCGAUGCCGACGUCCCUGCGGGAGUUAGACCCAUUUAAGUGCAUACCUCAACGCGGGGCCGCUGACGGGAAAAUAAACACCUAGGUCUGCUUAUACGAGAGGCGACCUCCUGCUGCGACAACCUCCUGUGUUUCAGCAGGUCUGAUGUUUUUCACCGCCACCACUGCUCCCAUCUCAGACAGUGUCUAAACCCGUAAAGAGAGGCCAAAGCCCUUCAGCUGACUAGGAGGAAAUUCUUUCAUAUUAUUGUCUUUGAUUUAUUUGCAAUAAUACUAUGAAGAAAUGGCAAGUGAAAUUUCCACAUAUGAUGACAUGAUCGCACAUUUUAAACAGACUUGGAAAAUAAGCUGUAAGUUUCCAUUUGUAAUUUCAUGGAUUGUGACUCAAACAGUGAAUCAGACAGUAAGCUGGGAGUUUAGGAAACAAGACAAUAAAACUAAACUAACUUCCCCUUUACGUUUUAAGCCAAUAGCGCAAUCUAAAUCUUUAUAUGUAACGUCAUAGGAAUAAUAGAUAAACAAAGAACUUGUGUAUGAAAACUAAGGCAAGACACCACUUUGCAUUGUGAGGAAAAAGCGAGUCUUUACAUGAAACGAAUUGGUUUAUUUUGGAAAUGCAUUUGCGCACUUUUGUUUACAAUACACGAGAAACACAUCAUUGAGUAUUUGAGGCAGAAUUUAAUUAGGCGAGUGAGAAAUAAUUAGUCCCCAAAGCAUUAGAGAGUUUGCCCAAAGCUACACUUAAGUACCACCGCCCCUACUACAUCCUUCCAAU